AUGCAUCUAUUUCAAUUUAUUGUGGAACUACAACUUAUAUAUAUAGUGCCUUCUGUCAUAUUAUAUGCAGCUGAGCUCAUUUAUUUAAUCAGAAACAAGGAUCCUCAAUUUCAAUCAGCUUUUCACACAAUUUUCUUUGCACGAGGUCCUGCAGAUAUUGUGCAGGUUAUGACGAGUCUCAUUGCCUUUAGAUUACCGCUGACUGGAUGGCGGUUUGUUUUGCAACAUCGAUGGAUUGCCAAAGUGGGAUUCGUUCUUUCUCAAUAUGCAUGUCUAUUAGAACUAUUCGCCCAGUUACUUUUGGCGAUCAACAGGUUAACAGCGAUAGCUUAUCCCUUAACACACCGAUGGAUGUGGUCUCCUCGGUCCAUGUUAUUUCUAUUGUUAAUUAGUGCGUUUCUGGCUCUUCUUCCUACGGCUAUUCGUUUUCCUCAAAAAGCAGACUAUCAAGACUUAGGGAAUAGAGUUGUUCCCAUGCUUUGUAAUAGUGAAGAUCAGCAGUUGAAUUCGGUUGUUUCAUGUAUUAUUUAUCUAUUUUUUGGCUUAACUUCACUCAUCCUCAAUACAACCUCAGUCUGUAUUCUGUCUAAACAGCGUAAAGAGAAAUUAUUUGAUCAACAACAUCGGCUUGCUAUACGGGUUCAAUACAAUCUCCUUGUGUAUUCAUUCAGUUUCACGCUCACUAUUAUUGCUAUGACCAUAUUCCAGAGUUUUCUUGCAUUGGGAAUAUUGAAAAGCGAUUCAAGCGCAUAUCUGAUCGUUCUGUUUUCCCUGACAUUAGCUGCGGAUAUAUUUGCUUUGUCGAACCCGUGGUUACUUUUACUUCUAUCGGCACCAUUUAGGUCUCAUUUUUUGAAAAUCCGAAUACCCAGGCUAUUCCGAGAUCGAUCAACGGAUUGCGUCUGA